AUCGUUAGCGGUGGAGGGAAAGAAAGAAGACGCGCCAUCGUCGCCAUUGUGCGUCGCGUUUGUAUGUGAGUGGGUCUUUUUUUUCUUCCUCCUUUUUUGUCCCGUGUGCGUUGUUUGUGUCGCAUUGGCGUGUGAUCUUCGCGCUCUCUUCUCUCUCACCUCUCUCUCUCUCUCUCUCUCUCUUCUUUUGCUUUUAUUUUGUCUUGGAAGAGAGAGCGAGAGAGUGAUGAACGGUCCCUCCAUACAUGUCUCCGGCAUCAGAUGGGUCGCAUUUUUCCGGCCUCCUCGGCACAGUCGCAGCGACAGUAGCGACGACAGUAACUUGCUUCGUGUUUUGUUUUUGUUCUUAUAGUUUUCUUUUUUCUUUCUUUCCUUUCUUAGCGAUUUGUCAUUCAGUAUAGUGUUGUUGUCAGGCGCUCGCUGUGAUAUUUUCCUUUCCCCUCUUUACAUUCUUUCCCCAUUUGCAAGGGUCGUUCCAGAGAAGCGCGAGCGAAGCCGCGCAAGCAGGCCCAACGAUUCUUCUUCGGUGUGUUCUUCUUUUCUUCUUUCUCUCUUUAUAUUUUUUUGACUUUGCCUUCUACUUUGUGGGAAAAUCCGUGAAUUCCAACUUGCCACUGAUUCGAGCAUUCAUUGCUCUGCGCGAGCUGGUUUCUCCCCGACUGGAGCUCUUUCCUCUUUCUUUGCCCCCUCCUCUGGCAGUGAGUGUGCUGUGUGUUGCGUUGUGUGUGCUGUGCCAUGGAUAUUGGCGAUCCAGAUGGGAACAGCGACAUCUCUCCUGUGGACAACUUUAUUUUUCCACCUCGCUGUUUUUAAUUCCUGCCUGGCCAUGCCCUGACCUUCCGGAGCUAUGAUCUCAUCUAUCUGGGUAAGAAUGAGGACGAAGGAGAUUCUAGAAGUAUCAGUAGAACUAGAACUAGAACUACGACUAAGUAGUGUAGCAGUAGUGGCGUAGCAGACAGCGAAUUGAGUGAGUGAGAGGAGAUUCUUUCUUCUUCUUCUUGUUCUUCCAGUCAUUCGUUCCAGGCCGGGUGGGAUUUGGGAAGAGUUUUACGAGCAGAGCUCUAGAGCAGGAUGGGUCCAGGAGUAGAAUGCGUAGAGGAUGUAGUUCACGAGAUGGUGAUGAUCCAGCAGAGCUUGCUGCCGCUCCGCCCGACUCGGGAGCAGUACGAGGCGGCGCUGGCAGCGGUGGCGCGGGCGGAGCACAUCCUGGCGUCGCGGCUCGAGGAGCUCGUGCGGGAGCGGCGGCCCGAGGGUGUUCCACAGCCGGCGUUCCGGGCGCUCCAGGAGAUGCGCGAGGACGUGCUUCGAAUGCAAGUGGAGGAGCACAAGCGGCCGUGGCUGGCGGUGAUCGAGCUCGAGGAGCGGCACCAGCGGCACCACCAACUUUUCCAGAAGGUAGCGGCAGCGAGCGGCGGCACGGACGCGGGAUCCAUGGCCAACGGCGGCGGCGCCACCUCGGUGCUCAAUGGCAUCGACAGCUCCAGCUCGGGUGAGUUCUCCGACGACGUGGUGGCCAACGGGCAGAGGUUCUACGCCGCCGCCAGCUUGGAGCCAACGAGGAAGCCAGCUAUGGCGACGAUGGAGCAAAACCAUUACGGUGGCUAUCACCCCGACAACGCACAGACAUUCACUCCCGAUGUCUCUGGAUCAGCGCCCAAGACCUUGUCAACCAUCGCCGAGGACGGGCAGGCGGCGACGCUCCAGUGCCCGCCCAGGCUGCUGGCGAUGAUCCAGGCGGCCGCCGAGAGCGGGGCCGAGAGCCUGGUGGCGGUGGACAUGUUUGUCCGCGAGAACAUCCUGCUGGACGACUCCAUCAGCCAGCUGAGCAACUUGAGAGUGCUGGAGCUGUCGGGCAACCGGAUCGUCAAGCUCCCGGAUAGCAUCGGCGAGCUCUCGCAGCUCACCGUGCUCGACCUCCAGUCCAACCAGCUGACGGCGCUGCCGGACACGAUCGGCCGCCUCACGUCGCUCAAGCAGCUCAACAUCGAGAAGAACGGCAUCGAGGAGCUGCCGUGGACGAUCGGCAACUGCGAGUCUCUGGAGGAGCUCCGGGCCGACUUCAACCAGCUGAAAGCUCUCCCCGAGGCGGUGGGCUACCUCGGCAACCUGCGGAUACUCUCGGUCCAUCUCAACUGCUUGAAAAGCUUGCCGAGCACCAUGGCGUACCUGACGAGCCUGGCGGAGCUGGACGUGCACUUCAACCAGCUCGAGUCCGUGCCCGAGAGCCUGUGCUUCGUCACCACGCUCCGGAAGCUUGACAUCUCGUCCAACUUCCAUGCGCUGCGGUUCCUGCCAUACAAGAUCGGCAACCUCCACCAGCUGGAGGAGCUCGACAUCAGCUACAACAGCAUCCUGGAGCUGCCCGACUCGUUUGUCCAGCUCGAGAACUUGCGGAAGCUGCGGCUCGAGGGGAAUCCGUGGAGGGUGCCGCCGCUGCAAGUCACGCAGAAAGGCAAUCAGGCGAUCUUCGAUUAUUUGCACGAGAGCAUCAAGCAAAAGCAGCAGGAGAAGCUGGCCAGAAAGAAGAGGAACAUACUCAUUAAAGCUGCGCACGCAUGCUGUGGCUUCUUUGGAAGGUUGUGCGAGUCCAAGCAUGGUGACAGUGCCUUGAACAUACUCGCGUGACGCGGCAGGACAAAGCGCAAGAGAGCAAAUGUUGUCUGUACAAGUAAAGGAAAAAAGAUUCGAUCCAUCGAAAAAUUGGUUUUUUUUCUCGCAUCAUCCUCCUGUAAGCAAAAUUUCCGCUGGCUUGGCUGGUUCUUCGCCUUCUAACGGUUUGAGUGGGGCGACUAUCAAGCAUCCUAUGUACAGUUUCGAGAAAUAGAUCGUUUUCCAGUCCAUUGGUUUUA